UAGAGUAGGUAUAGAUAAUUGGGCCUGGGUAAGAAAAAGAAAUAAAUAGGGUUCUGUUGUGGAGCCUCUCAAUUGCAGAAGGCAUCGUGAUCGGAAAAGGCAGCGAAAUGGAUUCCGGCGGCGUCUCCGACGCUGAUAACAUUGAUAAGAGAAGGCCAUUCUACGAAUCAAGCAAGGCUUGGAAGGCUCGGAAUUUGAAAAGAAAAAAAAAAGAAAAAGAGGUGAGGAGAAGCUUUACUCCACUAUCGUUCUACAAGGGUCCCACCACGUACCACCCUGGACCGAUGUGUAACGGUAGAUUUGCCGGAAAACAGUUUGUUCCACUAUCGCUAUACACCACCACCGUCUACCAACCUGAUCCGGUGUUUCCGAUGUUUCCGGUGUGUGAGGGAAUAAACUCCUCUGAAUCAAAGAUGUUUCCGGUGUGUGAGGGAAUAAACUCCUCUGAAUCAAUCGGAAACAAGUCCUCUGAAUCAAUCGGGAAAAACUCCUCUGAAUCAAUCGGAAAAAACUCCUCUGAAUCAAAGGUUAGCAGAAACUCUAUUUCCGAUCAAGCUGCUUUAUCUAUUCUUUCAAAACUGCCCGUAAAAUCAUUGAAGCGCUUUGGAUGUGUAUGCAAAUCAUGGUCGGUUUUAUUUGAAAACUCUGAUUUCAUGACCAUGUACACCAACCUUUUCGUAUCUCAUGAUUACCAUACAUAUAUUCUCAGCAAUGAUCUUGAUCAGCCUGAAAUACCUCCUUUUCUUAACCACUCUGAAUUCCAUUUGCUCCAUAACACCAUCAAAUUCAAUCUGCCACCUCCAUUUCCAUAUUCUGACGGUCAUGUUUCUAUUCUGGGCUCCACAAGUGUUAACGGCAUCUUUUGUCUUGGCAAAACUAGUAUGGAAAACCAAUAUGUAUUGUGGAAUCCCGCUACAGACAAAUUCAGGCGCAUUCCUUCUAGCCCCACCGGACUUAUACCAAAAUGCCCUCAAAGCAACCUCUAUGAAGAACUUUUUUUUCACGCCUUUGGUUAUGACAAACUUAGAGAUGACUUUAAGAUCGUUCAGUAUGUAUCAUCCUUUGUUUGCUGCAGCAGGGGUUUCGAUCGUUAUUAUUCUUGUUUGCCAGCAAAAAGUUAUUUUGAGAUAUAUAGUUUAAAAACUAAUUCUUGGAGAAUGUUCGACAUGGCCAAUGAUCUCUCUCAUUGGUCUUAUCCUCCCCCAUUUGAUGGUCUCGAACUUUAUCUUGAUGGAGCUUGUCAUUGGUUGGUUACCAAAUAUCACAGCUCUAAACAUGUUGAAACAACUCUCUUGACAUUUCACCUCAGUGAUGAAGUGUUCUUUACAACACCCAUCGGGGAAUCUUCAUACACUUUAGAAACACGCUUGAUGGUGUUAAAUGGAUCCAUUGCUUUUUUCUCAAAUCAUCAUGGGGAUACUGUUUUUCACAUAUCUAUUCUGGGUGAACUCGGUGUGAGUCAAUCAUGGAUCAAACUUUAUAUUUCCGACCCCUUCCCUCCCCUCCGAUGCCCCCCGAUUGGAUUUGGAAAUGCGGGGUGUAUUUUCUUUACCAAAACUAAUUCUACAGAAGAAGAUUAUGAACUAGCCUACCUUGAUUUGAGCACCCAAAAAACCCAAAUAAUUAAGGACCAUGGUAUUACUCUUGGAAAGAAAAGUUAUUUUAGGGUCGGUCUUUACAAGGAAAGCCUUUUUCCAAUCGGAGGAUCAAGUCAUUAGCUUUUCUUCUUAUUAUUAUUUUCACCCGUAGUAUAUAUGGCUAUGGUGAUAUGGAUCUUGUUUUAUCAAUUUUAUUUUAAAGGUUUUUGCUUUUGUGAUUUGCAAACUGAUUGUGUUUACUUUAAUGAAUGUGCUCCAAUUUGAGUUUCA